AUCGGCUCUUUUUGGGAUCGACUCCCAGCACUGGCGUUGUCUCAUUGAGGUGUCGAUGUGACGGACAAGCCUGUUUGUAGGAGGAAAAAAGUGGUGUGAGAAAAGAUGAGCUCCAAAAUAAAAGAAGAUGGUCUUGUGACAGCUAUGGGCAGGCCUAAAACAAAGAGACUGGAGAAGUCAAAACCAGAUACUGAAAGAGAUUCUGGUUUCUCAGAUGCUAGUUCUGAGCAUUUGAGUGUAGUUGACCAGACAGACAGUGAGGAUGCAGGUCGACCAGUGGUGCCAGGUUCCAGGUCGAAAUCUUCUCAGCUGGCUGUCAUUGGUGGAUCCUUCCAAAGUCUGUCACCCAUGAUCAUCAUGAACAAUGUUCUUCUUAAGCAGCCUGGUGAUAACCCCUCAUCUUUGAAGCAAUGGGGGUUUGGUUCAGCUGUCGAAGUUGUUCAGCAACCACAAGUAGUCUUCCUUCAACCGGUAAUCUCCCAGAGAAAAGCUUUAGAGCAGAAAGGACCUCUCAGUAAGCGUCGUAAGCACAAGAAGUACCUCCCUAUUAGGAAAUCCUAUCCCAAAAUUGCUCCUCACCCUGGGGACAGCCCACGCAGUAGCUGCUCUAGUAGCACAAGUACCAGCAGCUCCAGGACCACUGCAUCAGUGAGGAGUAGCAAUUCCUCAUCCACUUGCUGGGAAUGCCCUCAGGUAGACAAGCAGCAAGGAUCCUCCACACCGAAUCGAUUUACACCAACCAGGCAUCUUCCAGUAUCACCACAGCCACAUACUCCUCUAGCGGAAUUUAAUACUGGUACUUGUCCUGCUGUGGAAAAGCCAGCCACUGGAAGGCUGGGGUUUAUUGCAGAACCUACAGACAUGAAUGCAAAAGUGUUACAGACUCCACCACAGGCCAUCUCCAAGGAUGACAUGUCUCAAAACAGUGACUCGGACAGCAGCAAGAGGAAGCGUUUCUGCAAUACAUACAAUAUUCUCAGUAAAUCAGGCUUGCUGGGCAUCACGCUGCGCACUAAAGACUUGAUACGACAAAAUCGACGGACUCAAGCUGAAAUCGAUAAGCUCCGUGAGCACACAAACCUCUUUGUGGAGGCUUUACAAAGAGGAGACUUGCAUAUCUGGAGCAAACUGCAGCUGAGCAUGCAAGAAGGAAAUGAGAAGGAGAAAACUUUAAAUACUGGACAAGAGAGCAUUUGAACUACAGUGAGAAAAUCUCUAAAAGAGAUAUUCAAGUUGCCUACAUUAAAGUAUUUCUCCUUUAAAACAAGUACAGUCAAAUAAAUAUACCAACAUCUAAAAUAACAAUAAGAAAACAUUGUAAUUUAUUGACCAGGCACUUAAAUGUUAGCUCUAUAGCAUUUUGCUCUAGGCAAAUGGGACAAAACUUAAAAAGCUAUAACUUGAUUGUACUCAGUAAGAAAAAUAAUCUUAACCACAGUCAGUUCUUAAACAUUUGUGACAGUUAAUCAUUUAUCUUAAUAAUAUAAUUAGUUUGUAAGGUAAAUUGUGAAUGUGGCUCCUGUCUGCAGAACUGCAUGUUUGGGGAAAAAAACAACUGUAAUAUAAAAUAUUGUAAUAUUAAAGUACAAAAGUUUCAUUAACGUAUUAGGCAGCAAAGCAUGGUGGCUUAUGUUCUGUGGAUUGAACUGCCAGUCCUUUCCUAAAAUGAUCACAUGAUUAGUAGAUACUUACAUCUUAGGACAUACCAUUUUUAUGAAAUCUGAUCACUGACCGUAAGAUACAGGUUGGUCAGGUAACUAGAACGUCAUUAAGUGUGUUUACAUUUACAUAAAUAAUCCACAUGUUAUUGGGACUGGGCAAAUGUCCUGAAAUUUCCUUAUUCUUGUGCUUCUGUAAGCAAAUGACUGAUGUAUUCAUUAGCAAAAAAGUGGUUAUCUGAUUUCCAGAAGCAAUCAGGAUGUUUGGUAUAGGUCUAUAAGUCUCAUUUCUUUUGUAUUUAUACAUUUGCACUUGUGCAGAAGCACAUUAGAGGAAGAAAAAAUUUACUGCAUUCCAAAGCACAUACAUCUGUACUAACAAGUAUACCGAUUUACCAAAUGUUUAUUUUUUGUCUGCUUUGGAAUUCGGUGCUAGUGUUAGGAUUAAAAUAUAGAUGAUUAUUGCCCUGUUAGGUGCAGUUUGAAAUGAAAGGACUUAUAUUUACAAAUAAAGAAACUUAAGAGCAGACUAAAUUGAGGCCAGUACCCUUAAUUGUGCUCAAAUUUAAACAACUAAAAAGAACAUAAAAUGUUCCAAUGUUGUAAUUAUCAGCUGCUCAGUAAAUAAAAUGAGUUAAUUAAAACCUUGCUGAUUAAAAAAGUUGUGAUGCUACAGCCUUAAUACCAAAAAUAUAGUUUAAAUAAUAGUUUUACUACUUUUCGAACCAUUACUGUAAGAAGUGUGAUUAAUUAAUAACUCGUGUAGCAGAGUUGUGCAUGUUAAUUCACUGGUCAAGUUAUUGUGAAAUCUGUUUUUGUAGUUAUUACAUUACUCGAUGGUCAAAGAUAUUUGAAGGCUUUAAUAACAUUAAAUUCUCUGCUGUGUUUUGUUUUAUCCAUGUUCUUCAUACUGUUAAAGAAGCUUUAGCACAUUUAUUAAAAUCCAUAGAAGAAGCACAAAUAAUAUGGGUGGUAUACAGUUUUAAAUAAGCUAAGGUGAAACGGUCACAACUUAAUCUGUAUUACUUUUUAGUAAUAUGACAAACUUAAUUUUUACAGGUAUUUUUAAAACAACUGUGGCCAAUUUAACAGCCCAACAAAAAGGUAAGGGUGGUGCUAUAAUUUAAUAGCAUUUGCCCAGUACAGGUAUGUAUCUUCCAAUGUAUCUGUUAAUGUCUUACUUUAAUGACUACAUUGUAUUUGUAUUCAAAGAUGUUCUUUCCCUUUUACCAUUCACAAAAGAACACGCACAAACUUCACAGCAGUCAUCUGGGCUUUCAUUUGUUAACAACUUUGAGGUCCAUUAUUAAGUAAAACAAUUGUAGAAUAAGUAUUUUACAGAUUUUUGAGGCAACUAAAUGUGAGCUGGUUUUGAACAAUAAUUUUAGUUAUACCAUGCAGAUUUUACAGUGAGG